AUGGAGUUUGAGGAUAACGUGAGCUGCACUGAUUGCCUGCCAUACGGUCCGAAUGAGAGCAGCUUCACCACACAUACCUCGUCGGCUGGUGUGACGACAGCGCUGGCCAGCGUGCUGAUAUUUACCAUCAUCGUUGACAUCUUGGGGAAUCUGCUGGUUAUUUUGUCAGUGUUCAGAAACAAGAAGCUCAGAAAUGCAGGGAACAUCUUCGUGAUCAGCCUGUCGGUGGCGGAUCUGGUGGUGGCAGUCUACCCCUAUCCCCUGGUGCUCACCGCCAUCUUCCACAACGACUGGACCAUGGGCGACACUCACUGCCAGAUCAGUGGCUUCAUCAUGGGCCUGAGCGUCAUAGGCUCCAUCUUCAACAUCACCGCCAUCGCCAUCAACCGCUACUGCUACAUCUGCCACAGCCUACAGUACGACCGGCUCUACAGCGUCCGCAACACCUGCCUCUACCUGUGCCUCACCUGGGCGCUCACUGCCGUUGCCACGGUGCCCAACUUCUUCGUGGGCUCCCUGCAGUACGACCCGCGGGUGUUCUCCUGCACCUUCGCACAGGAGGUCAGCUCGUACUAUACCAUCGCUGUGGUGCUGGUCCACUUCCUGGUCCCGCUGCUGAUCGUGUCCUUCUGCUACCUCCGCAUCUGGGUGCUGGUGAUCCAGGUAAAGCACCGGGUCAAACCGGACAGCAAGCAGAAGGUGAAGGCCGGCGACCUGCGCAACUUCCUGACCAUGUUUGUGGUGUUUGUCUUGUUCGCAGUUUGCUGGGCGCCGCUCAACUUUAUCGGGCUGGCGGUGGCUAUCGACCCACUGCGGGUGGCUCCUCUAAUCCCCGAGUGGCUCUUCAUCAGCAGCUACUUCAUGGCCUAUUUCAAUAGCUGCCUCAAUGCGGUUGUCUAUGGGCUGCUCAACCAAAACUUUCGCAAGGAGUACAAGCGGAUCCUCCUGGGCCUGUGCGCUCCUCGCCAGCUCUUCCUGGACACGUCCAAGUGCGGUACAGACGGGGUGAAGAGCAAACCGUCGCCCGCAGUGACCAAUAACAACCUCGCGGAAAUAAAUUUGUGA